AUGAACUUAAGAAACUUGUUGAUGAAGAAAUCCCUGUGGCAUUCCACUGAAAGCUUCAUUGUGAAGCGGCGUAGAAUUUGGCAAGCAGCGACUUUGCCCAAGGAAAACGACCCUGCUGAUGUCUUUGGCUUGAACCUUGGAGACGAGAACACAGACAGAAGUUCUGCGAGAGAAACUGGUGCAGGCGCAGGAAACUUGGAGGAGGAGGCGAGUGCAAGUAAAGAUGACAGUAAAACACUUGCUGAAAAAGCCGAGUCAGGCUCAGUAGAGCCACCACAGAUUCCCGACGCUGGGAACCUGGAAGAAAUGGCAAAAACUGAAGAAACGAAGGAGGAGGCACCCAACAAGCAGCAAGAUGACGGUGAAGGCCGCGAAACAUCAGGUGAAAGCGGGCCUGCAGUGCAACAGGAGGCGGAAGCGACGCAGCCUGCACAGGCUUCUGAGCAGGAUGCGAAUACGUCCGCGACUUCUGACAACAACUCCAGCAUGAACCCACAGGAGGUUGAGCCUCCCACGGAAACAAGCAAUGCAGCCGCAGCUGAAAAGGAAGAAAAGUCAACUGAUCGAGCAGGCGCUACUCCGAGUCCUCACACCAACGACAACCCCCAGAAGAAUUUGUCUGCUGAAGGGACGCCGCGCAACAAGGACACAAACUCUUCAGAUGGAAGUUUGGCUUUGGAAAAUCACACAGAAGACGCUGCUCUUGGUUCCUCAAUCGCUUCAACUCCUGCCGGUAGUGGCGGUGGCGUCUCCAGCGGGCGUCAAAAGGGAAAAAGCGGGGACCCCCUGAGUGCUAGUAACACUUCUGCUGAUUCAAGUGGGGAGAAGGUGACUGAGAAGAAUGUAGUAGAGCUGGAGCCGCCGUUGGUGGAAGACGGAGGGUCUGAGCUCAGUUCUUCUGAAAGCUCGGACUCCGAUACAGAGGCUGAAGAGUUGCUUCGUAUCGCAGCUGCAGAUGCUUCUCAGCCCCAGCCUAACCCCUUGAUGGAUGCAUUUCCUAGCCGUGCGGUGUUUCUUAUGAUCGACCAAAAAGAAGGCGCCCGCACUCUCAUGGUGGAUACAACAAACGGAGCGGUGAUUGACGAAUUCCGCACAGAUUCCGGUGAAAACGCAGACAUCGGCGACGGCACAGGUGCUUGA